AUGCGAGUGUUGCUGUUCAACUUUCUUUCUUUCUCUCUUUCUUUCUCUCUGCCUUUUUGCUUUCUUCUUUUUUUGCUAGUUUUCUUUCCUUCUUUCUUUCUUUCUGCUUUUUGCUUUCUUUCCUUCUUUCUUUCUGCUUUCUUUCUUUUUUACUCAUUUUCUUUCUUUAUAUUAUUUUUAUUUUUCUAUCUUUUUAGCUUUCUAGUAUUCUUCUCAUUCACUCUCUUUCACUUUUAUUCUUCUCAUUCCCUCUCUUUUAUCCUUCUCAUUCACUCUCUUCCUCUUUUAUCCUUCUCAUUCCCUCUCUUCCUCUUUUAUCCUUCUCAUUCCCUCUCUUCCUCUUUUAUCCUUCUCAUUCCCUCUCUUCCUCUUUUAUUCUUCUCAUUCCCUCUCUGCCUCUUUUAUUCUUCUCAUUCACUCUCUUCCUUUUUUUAUUCUUCUAAUUUACUCUCUUCCUCUUUUAUCCUUCUCAUUCCCUCUCUUCCUCUUUUAUCCUUCUCAUUCUCUCUCUUCCUCUUCUAUCCUUCUCAUUCACUCUCUUCCUCUUUUAUUCUUCUUAUUCACUCUCUUCCUUUUUUUAUUCUUCUAAUUUACUCUCUUCCUCUUUUAUCCUUCUCAUUCCCUCUCUUCCUCUUUUAUUCUUCUCAUUCCCUCUCUUCCUCAUUUAUUCUUCUCAUUCACUCUCUUCCUUUUUUUAUUCUUCUAAUUUACUCUCUUCCUCUUUUAUCUUUCUCAUUCCCUCUCUUCCUCUUUUAUCCAUCUCAUUCACUCUCUUCCUCUUUUAUUCUUCUUAUUCACUCUCUUCCUCUUUUAUUCUUCUCAUUCACUCUCUUCCUCUUUUAUUCUUCUCAUUCCUCUCUUCCUCUUUUAUUCUUCUCAUUCCCUCUCUUCCUCUUUUAUCCUUCUCAUUCCCUCUCUUCCUCUUUUAUCCUUCUCAUUCCCUCUCUUCCUCUUUUAUCCUUCUCAUUCCCUCUCUUCCUCUUUUAUCCUUCUCAUUCCCUCUCUUCCUCUUUUAUCCUUCUCAUUCACUCUCUUCCUCUUUUAUCCUUCUCAUUCACUCUCUUCCUCUUUUAUCCUUCUCAUUCACUCUCUUCCUCUUUUAUCCUUCUCAUUCACUCUCUUCCUCUUUUAUUCUUCUUAUUCACUCUCUUCCUCUUUUAUUCUUCUCAUUCCCUCUCUUCCUCUUUUAUUCUUCUCAUUCCCUCUCUUCUUCUUUUAUCCUUCUCAUUCUCUCUCUUCCUCUUUUAUCCUUCUCAUUCCCUCUCUUCCUCUUUUAUCCUUCUCAUUCCCUCUCUUCCUCUUUUAUUCUUCUCAUCAUUCUUCCUCUUUUUCUUUUUAUUCACUUCUUCCUUUUUUUUUCUUCUAUUCCUCUCUUCCUUUUUAUUCUUCUUAUUCACUCUCUUCCUCUUUUAUUCUUCUCAUUCCCUCUCUUCCUCUUUUAUUCUUCUCAUUCACUCUCUUCCUCUUUUAUUCUUCUUAUUCACUCUCUUCCUCUUUUAUUCUUCUUAUUCACUCUCUUCCUCUUUUAUUCUUCUUAUUCACUCUCUUCCUCUUUUAUUCUUCUCAUUCCCUCUCUUCCUCUUUUAUCCUUCUCAUUCACUCUCUUCCUCUUUUAUUCUUCUUAUUCACUCUCUUUCUCUUUUAUUCUUCUCAUUCACCCUUCAUUUUUUAAAUUUUUUCUUUCUUCCUCCCACAUUUCCUUUCAUUCUCUAUCACACCUUUUCUGCUUCGCUUUCUUUUUCUAUUCCAUGUUCUCUGUAG